CUUGGAGUUCAUUGAUUUGAAUAUGUUUCAUUGAAUAAAUCAAAGGUGGUGGUGGUGAACUUAUGGUAGUGGUGGUGCUGGACUGGUGGUUGUGGCGGUGGUGGUUCUUCAACAAAGAAAGAAGGGAUUUGAAGUUGAACUUGGCUAUUUUACCGCCAUUUGUGCUUUAUAAUGCUUUCUUUAAAGGGCAAAAACGUCAGGUUAUUUUUUACAAACGUAAUUAUCCGGAUAUUUUUUUGUCGGCUGCGAGUGGAAUGAUUAGCCUUAAUUUCGGCCGUCCAUUUCACUCCGCUGCCGGCCGGAGUCCACGGCGGGGUUCCGAGAAACCAGCCACUCGCCUAACAAUAUCAUGUUCCAGUUCUCUUCUCCCGAAUAAGUUUAAGAGGGCGUACACGAGUGUGAUGAUAGUGCCAACUGGAGUAGGAGCGGCGAUUGGCGGCUACGCCGGAGAUGCUUUGCCGGUGGCUCGAGCCCUCGCUUCUGUUGUUGACUGCCUCAUCUCUCAUCCCAAUGUUCUUAAUGCAGCAAUGCUUUACUGGCCGAUGUCGAAUGUCCUAUACGUAGAGGGCUAUGCACUGGAUAGAUUUGCCGAAGGGCUUUGGGGACUAGAACCAGUUCAUCAGAAUAAGGUAGGGCUAGUUCUUGAUGCGGGGAUAGAAGAAAGCCUUCGUGUUCGUCAUUUACAGGUGGUGGAUGCAGCUAGGGCUUCUCUUGGUUUGCCCGUUAUUGAAUAUACUGUCACAGAUGCUGCUCUGCAGGUGGAGAAAUGGAUAGACCCCAAGAGUGGACAAUCAACUGGUAGAAUCCAACGUCCCGAUUCCCUAUUAAGGGCAGUGGGGACAUUAGUAGAGAGAUCUGGAGUGAAUGCCGUAGCAGUCGUGGCACGUUUCCCCGAUGACGACAAUAGUGAUGAUGAUGUGGAAAAUUAUCGACAAGGGAAGGGAAUUGAUGUAUUGGCAGGUGUAGAGGCUGUGAUAAGCCAUCUAGUGGUGGAGAAAUUCAAGAUUCCUUGCGCGCAUGCUCCUGCAUUAUUACCUUUCCCGUUGAGUCCUUCAUUAUGCCCAAAAUCAGCUGCUGAAGAGAUAGGGUACACGUUUUUGCCAUGUGUGCUAGCUGGGCUGAGUUCUGCUCCGCAGUACUUGGUGCAGAAAGAGUCGUUGGGAAGAAUGAGCAGUAGUAUAGUAGUAGGUAGUGAUGUUGACAGUGUGAUUCUACCGGUAGAUGCUUUUGGAGGAGAUGCUGCUCUUGCGUUUGCUUCAAUGAGAAAUAAUAGGAGGCCACUUAUAAUUGCUGUUGAAGAGAAUGAAACGGUUCUCAGCGAUACACCUGAAAAACUUGGUAUUACAGCGGUGAGGGUAUCGAAUUACUGGGAGGCAAUAGGAGUUGUUGCAGCUCACAAGGCAGGAAUAGACCCCUACUCCCUCAGGAAAGACAGAAUCGACAACGUACCACAUUCUAUUAUUAAUACUAAUACAUCUUCCAACAAUGCCUAUGCUGCUGCUGCUGCUGCUGCUGCUGUGUGUGAGACCAUUUCUUAGCUUAAAUAUCGACAGGCCAAGUUCAUUUUCUGUGUAUUCUUGCACUCAAAUAUUCUUUCUAGUUCAUACUCUUAGUACAAUCACUCUCUGUUUCAUUCUUACAUACUUCACACUUCACAUACAUUAAUAAAAAUGAUUGAAUUUUUCACACCUACAUUA